AUGAACACAGAUCCGCACUCACCGCCAUCCCCUGGCUCCACAACUUCGGAGAGCCCUUCGAACCACUACUCUGAAGUACCCACCGAACCUAUUCCUGCUAGCGAAAUUCUUCGUUGGAACGAACAUAUGUCUAGGCGGAAGCACUUUCUAUCGGAUUAUGAACGUUAUAAUCCUGUCCAGAACAUGCAUGCACUAGCCAAUCAUGUUUUCGAUCUCUCGGAGAGUGUACACAGCAUAUCCAAUCAGGGGGAUGUUGAGGGACUCAAGGGAGAAAUCGGAGAAUUGAGAGGUUUAUUUGAGGAGAGUAGACGCGAGACUCAGCAGGGGUUUGCAGAACUCAAGGGGAUGAUGCAGAUGCUCAUGGGGCUCAGGGCUUAG